AUGGCUUCGUCGCUGGGAGCUCGGGUUUGUAUUUUGUUUGUGUUCCUUCUUUGUCAACUCCUUUUUAUGGGUGAAUGAUUUUGGGAUCCGUGCUUGUUUCCGUGGGUUUGAUCGGAGAAUCGGGGGUUUUCUAACUUGUGGUUGCGGCUGGCGAUGUUUCAGGCUUCUCUUUGUGUGCCGGCCGCGGGUGAUGCGUCUUCCAGGAAGAGUGUAGGUUCUAAGGUGAGCUUGAUGCUGAUGCUGUUUUUGUUUUUGUUGUUGUUGUUGUUGCUGCUGCUGCUUCUGCGACUGUUGUAAUCCUGACACCUUGGCUUCUUUUCGUGGCAAACGAUGCGUUUAUUCGUUUAUUCAUUAUGCAUGUGGUUCGCAUACUUUGAAAACUUUUCUGGUGUUAUAUCAUUUGUUGGUUCACUCCUGGUUUCCUGAACCGCAUCCAUACUGUCUUGAGAGCCAAGUCAUAGCAAUUAUGCUCUCACGUCCAUCAAUAUUGCUGUUUUGUUAUUAUCAAACUUAUGUAGGUUCUGUGUCGAUGAUGGGACGUGCUACUGAAUUAGAUUAUAGUGUCUGUGCUUGCUCAGACGAGGAAGUUCCUGAUUAAUGGACUAACACUUUGUGGAUGAUUCAUUUUACUUGAUUUAUCUGGAUUCUUCCUUGCUGCCGCACUACCUUUUUUCUUGUGCUGAUACCAUCUGACUCUGUUUAUGAUUAUGUUUAUUUCGUCUGGUCAUAUGGUGUAAGCUUAGAACUUACGUGCCUUCAAUUUAUUGUGUGACCGCAUGAUGCUAAUUGCGAUUUUUUCUCAUAGGUUUUGCUUUGUUUUUUUUUUUGUUUCAGGCACAUAACCUGAGGUUUCAUGACCAGCGGUCAGUGUCUCUGUCAUUGUUAGGUCGGCAAACAACAAAACCAGGAUCAAGACCUCAGCAGAAAGUAUUAUGCUUGUCAGUACAGCAAGCUAGCCAAAGUAAGGUUGCUGUGAAUCCCCUGGAACUUGAGGACGCGAAAGAACCUCCUAUCAAUCUUUAUAAACCAAAGGGACCUUACACUGCGACUAUUGUCUCUGUUGAGAGGAUUGUUGGACCCAAAGCACCUGGAGAGACAUGCCAUAUUGUGAUUGAUCAUGGGGGGAAUGUUCCAUAUUGGGAGGGACAGAGUUAUGGUGUUAUUCCUCCUGUAAGAUCCUAUUCACCGUAUUAUGCUAGAAAAUAAUCUAGAGAAUUAUAAUCUUUCUCUCUGUUGUUUAAAUAGGUGGAUCUCUCUCUCUCUCUCUCUCUCUCUCUCUCUAUAUAUAUAUAUAUGUAUGUAUGUUUGCACGUCCUUGAUAAUAUUUAAUGUUUUCAGGUAAUUCUUUAUUCGGACGCAUUUCUCUUUUUUACUUCUGGUUGUAUAUAUAAGUUGCUCUUUACAAAUUUUCCAAUCUCAUGGAUUUCAUAUCUAUGUAUUGUUUCUUUGUGCCUCGUCAUUUCUGGCAUGCUGCAACCUUUUCUCACAAGAGGAGGGGAGGCCAUGUGCUCUGCGUAUGCUGUCAUAGGUGGAUUGAGUGAUUUUUUGCCUAAACCCCAUCUACGCUUGUUGUAAAGUGAUACAACCACUACAAGCAGUUGCCAGUGCCUGCUCCAGUUUUCUAUUCACUUUUUUUUUAACGUUGAUUAUUGCAUUGAGAUGGAGAAAAUCAAUGGAACGUUUUCAGUAAUCUGUGAAAUGCUGAUUCUACUAAGAGGAAACAUGAGCCUUUUUGUUUCUUCGUGGGUUAAAAUUGUUGCAGAAUGCGAAUGUUGGCAUUCGAUAUGAUCUUUGCAUCCAUAUGCUUUCCUGUGUUGAAAUCUAGAGUUGUAGCAUGUCACCGAGAGGGUUAAGAAAUGCUAUAAUGGUAUCGUUUACUUUCAUUUUACAGGGUGAAAAUCCUAAGAAGCCUGGUAUGCCCAACAAUGUUCGGCUUUAUUCAAUUGCGUCGACCAGGUAUGGGGAUUCAUUCGAUGGAAGGACUGCUAGUCUCUGCGUCCGGCGUGCUGUAUAUUACGACCCUGAGACUGGAAAAGAAGACCCAUCUAAGAAGGGCGUCUGCAGCAACUUUCUCUGCGACUCAAAACCGGGUGAUAAAAUUCAACUCGCAGGUAAAAAUCCCAAGUUUCAGAAAAUCAAGUAAUUUGCUAUACUAGGAAAUGGCUCCCACUUACGAUGCAAACCAGUGUUAGGCUCAUAUGGGGACCGUUUAGUAACAUUGCCUAUGAAUGAUAACAAUCGAUCCGAAAUCUUUUGGUCGACUCGCCUCGCCCAUGCUUUAUGGUUUAAAAAUCAUUACAUUUUUUUUCUUGGAGCGUGAAAUAAAUAAGUUCCUGAUUCACCAGGUAAAAGCUCGAGUUUUUUUUUUUUUUCCUCCCUUUUGAAACGUGAAGGCUCUCCAAUCAGCGCAAUAAACCUUCAUCUCUGGCUCUCUACAGCGUGUUGCUCUCUUGUUCCUACCACUCCAGCGAUCCUCUGUUCUUCAUAUGCUCCGUCGAAUCUUUAACAUGAAAGAAAAAAAAAAAAGGGUCGUAUCUGCUGUCCUAUUAUUUUCAAUUUAUAUCACAGGAGGUUUAUUUUUUCUUUUUUUAUUAUUAUUCUAGGACCCUCAGGCAAGGUCAUGCUGCUGCCCGAGGAAGACCCAAAGGCGACCCACAUCAUGAUUGCCACUGGAACCGGUGUCGCGCCCUACAGGGGAUACCUCCGCCGGAUGUUCAUGGAGGCCGUCCCUACGUUCAAGUUCUCCGGGCUCGCGUGGCUCUUCCUGGGGGUCGCCAACUCGGACAGUCUUCUCUACGACGACGAGUUCUCCAGCUACCUCCGAGACUACCCGGAUCACUUCAGGUAGAUUCCUAGGCUGAAAACCAUGAUCAUGCGACUGGGUGGCAGAUUGAUCGAAGUCUUCUUGUGAUGGGUAUGAAGAAUACGCUCUCUUCUCUUCUCUUUUCUUUGGGUUUUGGCCAGAUAUGAUCGGGCCCUGAGCAGGGAGCAGAAGAACAGGAACGGGGGGAAGAUGUACGUCCAGGACAAGAUCGAAGAGUACAGUGACGAGAUCUUCAAGCUCCUGGACGGAGGCGCCCACAUAUACUUCUGCGGGCUGAAGGGGAUGAUGCCCGGCAUCCAGGACACACUGAAGAGGGUUGCAGAAGAGCGGGGCGAGGCCUGGGAUGCCAAACUCUUGCAGCUCAAGAAGAACAAGCAGUGGCACGUCGAGGUUUACUAG